AUGCCCUCUGAGCUCUGAGCUCUUGACUUUCCUCACCACCACCGCCCGAGCUCAUCUUGCCCACUUGAACUCGCCACAACACUCGCCAGCGAUCUGGGCCAUUCCGGGAGACGCGUCUACGUGACGGGCAACGCUACCCCAUUGUCGCAGGUGUCCGCUACCCUAGGCGUAGGUGAGCCCAUCUUCACUCCCAAAGGCGAUCGUGGCCAUUUCGCUAUACACUCGUCUGCCCUGCGACCUCCAACGAGCGUUGCUGCUCGACUGUCAUGCGCGUCUGCCUUGCCUCAGUUCUUUCCCGGCUACUCUCUGGCUGAGAAUGACCUUACGUUCACAGAACACUGACAUUGCUCAUCAUGGAUUCUGUCCACGCCCACGAACCGAGCACUAGCGCCUCCACCAUCCGCGGCCUCAGACACCUCGACAUGGCUUCCUACUUCGAGUCCCUGGCAGUACACGACGACGCGCACGGCACACACUCCCCUUUCCGACCCUCGACGCCCCAUAGCGCGUUCCACUCUGAGCCUGGCAGUCCUUCCGGCGACUCCGUCUCGUCCCUUCCCUCGGUUGGAUCCUCGUUCCUCUUCUCAUCUGGACCGAUCUCCCCGCCCCAUCCAAGCCAUCAUUCCGAGGGUGAAUAUGACGAAGAGCUAGGGGACUCUACAAGCGGCCUCGUCAUACCUUCGCUCAUGCUACCGUCCCCUUCCCGGCAGCCGACUACCUACGGUCAGACGCUGGGAGACGUCCGGCUACUGCUGCUCGGUCCCCGAGGCGCGGACAUGAGCGCGAUCGCGUCGCAGCUCGUCGAUGACAACGGGGACGUCGUAGAGGUCGGACUAUGGGAGGAGGACCGGCAGGAAGGUGCCAACACGCACGGGAAGCGGAAGGCCAUACUGCACGUCUCGACGGAUUGGGUGGAACAUAGGGACAGACACGGACUCGAGCGAGUUGAGCCUGCGCGGAAUGUGGAGAUCGUUGAGCUACCACCCUAUGACAGCCAUACCGAGGCUCAGACCAUCGUGGAACGCGUCCUCCCUGUGAUUCACUGUCCUUUCCGCGAGGUUCUGGACCUGCUCAAUCACGAUCACCCACCAAGUGGUACUCUCUCCCACUUGCUCUCAUCAUCCUGCUCUCCGCUGUACACCGCUUUGAUCAUACUCGCUACACCCUCUGCCUUAUCACCAGCCGAGAAGUCCCUCAUCGAGUCCCUCAGCACCCACAUCCCCAUCAUCAUCCUCCCCCCAUCGCCGCUCCACCGCAGCCCCUCAUCCCACGAGCACGAGCACGAACACGGCCGCCGCGCCUCCUCUUCACACCUCUCCGCCUUCCGCCCCACUUCCCUCGCCGCCCUUCGCAACGGCCUCUUCCGCAGCCCCAGCACACUCGCAACGCUCCGCGCCGAGGCCGCCGCGCGCUUCCUCCGCUGGCGCGAGGUCGAGCGCGCCGUCGAGCGGGUGCGCUGGAGCGCGGGCGGCGCAAGGCUGUCCGCCUCACGCCAGCGCUCCGACACGACCAGGCCCGCUAUCACCUCUGCUAGCGGGACGCAGGGCGACUGGUUCGACAAGCAGGCGUGGGAGGCGCAGUGCGGGGACGAGCUUUCGCGCGAGGUCGCGCUCCACCUCCGGCGGCGCCGCCCAGCGCCGCCCUCGCUCUCGCCCUCGCACUCGCCCGCUCGAAAGCCGCCUGCGAACAGCGCGGGAUAUGACGAGAGGGCCCUCGUAUCUCCCUCGUGCGGUGCGGCGCUGGACCCGCUGCACAUCCCUUCGCUCGUCGUCUUCUCGUUCUCGCUCCUGGGGGCGCUCCGGACGCGUGUCGCGCGCUCGCUCGGGUGGGCGGGCGCCGCAGACGUGCAGGGCGCCGGCACCCCGAGACGGCGGCCCUCGAUCUCCAGGAAGGGAGAGAAAGAGCUGAGUCCCCGUCGUGGGGGCGUCGGGUAUUCGCUCGGGCUGGGGCUUGCGCUCGUGAGUGCUUUUUGCGCCGGGGUGGGCAUCGGGCUCGUCGUUGCAGCGCGGUUCUGAACCGCUUGCCUCGCAUCCUGUAUAUGGGUAUCAUCUUACCCAGUUGCUUCUACGGUCUUCUCGCCCUGGUUUCCAGUUCUCCUCAGAUUUUCGCUCGUUGAUGCUGCUUCACACAUUUGAAACGACCCUUCCAUGACCAGAACUCUGUCUCCACCCACAUCUGUUGUCUGUUGUCACACUAGUGCGCACGAAUUGUAGUACUUGCUCCUACGCAGUUACGCACCAUCCUCACGCCAAUCAUCAUUUGUAUCUAUUAUGCUUCCGUCCUUCCUUUAGGGUGUCCUAGGAUUUGGAAGCAUCCAGAAACGUAUAUCUGGACCGUGCCUCGAGUACAGCGUGAGGGCGGCGGGAGGCCCACUACCUAAGCUAAACAUAAACGCGGCGAAGCACCGACGGCGUUUCAUGUAUAAAGCGAAGCCUCGGGGGGCUUGCGACGCUGACCGCCUCGACAGCCGACCGCCGCGAAUCACCUUCACGCACGCCGGCGACUCGGCGGUCGGCGUACGCGCAGGACGCGCCGCCACGCCGAGUGCUGCAGGUCUCGUCUGUUCCUUCGCGAGUAUGUAGGAGUGAGUCAUGGACCGGUGCUGCAGGGAUGCAUAUAAAGCCUGGCUGCGGCGCGGCGAACGAAGUCGCCCGCUCGCUCCGCCUCCCUUCGACCCUCCCGCCCCUUCAGUCUUGAACGCUCGACACCGCGCGCCCAUAUGCCUUCCACGAACAAGCGGGCACCCAAGGUCGUCGUCCGUCCGCUCGCGCGGGGGUCGCGCUCAGCAGGGAAGGUCGUGCUCGGCCGGCUGGACAGCCUGAACGUCUACGGCCCCGUGGUCAGUGCGCUAGCCUCCCCUCAACGCUCCCCCCGUCUUCUUGCUCAUCCGUAGCCCUUGCUCACACGAUGCCGUGCGCAGGAGGGGACCACGAAGUACUGGGAGGUGCCGAACCCGACGCCGUGGAAGCAGGCCAGCCGGUCGUUUCCGCGCUUCCGCAGAGGCGAGGUCUGCACGCGGCGCAACGCGGGGCGGGAUGACGGGCGGACGUGGAUGACGAGCCGGUAUGUGUGCGGGUCUGGGCUCGAUGAGGGGUGUGGGCGGGACUAUGGUUGGGAACAGGGGCAUGAGGAGGACGACCUAGACGGCUUGGAGGACGAGGCGCUUCCUGGUCGUGCGGAGGAAGAGGAGGAGAGGACGUACGGGAGAGUAGAGAUUGCUAUCAUGGACAUCGCAAAGCCUAUGAAGCCUCGAGGUGGGUCGUGUAUCUCUCUAUUUGAGAGGGCGGAAGAAGGAUGCUGAGUGGGAAAUGCUAGGCCCGGCGAAGGACUACGAGGUCAUCAACUCGGUGGGCCGGGUCAUUGCGCUUGAAGACGGCCAUGAGUGGGAAUGCGAGGACGACUGCUGGGAAGCUAUCGAGAAAAUUGAGCCGGAGAGAACAUCGUACGCCUCGGUCCUGCAGCGGGGAGCAGCUUGAUGUCCGGGAGGGUGGAUAGAGGAGUUCGAUACAGUACUUGAUGCGCACCUAUGCCAGUGUCGCUCUAAUGCUUCUGGGAGGAAGUUCAAUCCUGUUUUCCCGAUUGACAAGGGUAGUGCGUAGUUUCUGUGCCUGUAUUCGCUGUCGAACAGGGGUGAGGGAACAGCGUUUGAGUAGACGUACAAGUAAUGCGUUCUACAUGAUCUCGAUGCCCGACGAGUCGUAGCGAG